GGAGGGAUGAUCGGGACGGUGACCCAGUUCACCCUGCACACCAACCCACUCAUGACCAGAGGAUGAGAGUCACAGGGAUUUGAAUGGUGAAGCUGCAGCGGCUGUUUCCAGGUUUCUUACAUCCAGCAGUUUUUCAGUUGUGGCCUUAAAACAAAAAGAAGACAGAGAGAGAGAGACAGAGAGAGAGAGAGAGAGAGAGAGAGAGAGAGAGAGAGAGAGAGACAGAGAGAGAGCGACCUUUACCGUCUCUGUGUGUUAGGGAGAGAGAGAGGAAGGAAGGAAGAGGGAGGGAUUGAACUAAGGAAAGUGGAGUUUUUUUUAGGUUUCCACAGCAUCUGGAGACCUGAGCGGAUCUACAGACACACAAGAGGAAGAACAAGAAUAGUUUGGACGUACGAAGGACUAUCAGAAACAAGAGGAAAAGGCUGGAUAAAAAACGACACCUUAAAAGAGGAGAAGAGAAGAGAGGAGUCGAGGAGGAGAAGUAGUUGGUCUAACGGGACGGGAGAGGAGCAGAGUUGUGUCACAGCAGCAGGAAUGUUACCGGUGAUACUGACAGUUUACCUCAAUGACACCCAGCAGAUGCUAACCGAGGUCCCAGUUUCUCCGGCAACCAGAGUGACUGAUGUGGUUGAAUACUGCAAAGAGGCCGGCGAGGGGGAAUGUCACUUAGCCGAAGUAUGGAACGGGCAUGAGCGAGUCCUCCCUCAGGAGUUAUUAUUGCUGGAUCUCCUUCAGCAGUGGGGGGCCAGGAGGCCUGAGGUCAGCUUCUACCUCCGACACUGCCCCGCCUGGGCACAAGGAAGUCAGCAGCCUCUGGAGCAAAGCUGGACCUCAGAAGCAACAGAGAGCGCUAAUGACAGGAUCCCCCGUGUGGAGCUGACCCUCUCCGAGCUCCAGGAAAUGGCCACAAGACAACAGCAACAGAUAGAGGCUCAGCAACAGAUGCUGCUCGCCAAGGAGCAGAGACUGAGGUAUCUUCAUCAGGGAGGCAGAUCCAACCAGGGACAGACACAGUCUGAAGCUGAGAAGCUGCAGCGGCUGAAGGAGCGAGUAGAGACUCAGGAAGCAAAGCUGAAAAAGAUCCGAGCCAUGAGGGGACAAGUGGACUACAGCAAACUGAUCAACGGAAACCUCUCUGCCGAGAUAGACCAUGUGAGCAGCUUGUUUCAGGAGAAGCAGGCAGAGCUGCAGUCUGCAGUGGUCCGAGUUGACCAGUUGACUCAGCAGUUGGAGGAUUUGAGGAAAGGGCGCAUUCAGUUUCACUCUGCGCCGCCUCAGGGGGCACCCACGGGGGGCCAUGGUACCACCACAGGCCAGAAAGGGUCGCCCCUCUCGGGCCCUGCAGCGCUGGAGCUGAGGAAACUCUACCAGGAGCUGCAGGCUCGUAACCGCCAUAACCUGGAGCAGAGCAGCAAGUUGUCCCAGAACAAGGAGCUGCUAAACAAGAGGAACACCCAGGUGACAGUGAUGGAUCAACGCAUCGGAGAUCUGCGAGAACGCUUGCACAAGAAGAGAGCUGAGUUAAGCCGUAUAAAUGGAGGAGGCCUGUCCUCCCCUCAGUCCUCUUCCCAUCCUGCUGGUGGAGUUUUGGGUCGAGUGGCAGCUGUCUGCCCCUACAUCCAGGUUCCAGCGGAGGGGAGACAGGAGGCCGGUUAUCACCUGCCAGUUGACCCUCCACCCAAACCCACCCCACUCACCCACACCCGUUCCCUCUCAGCCAAUGAAGCAUCAUGGCCUAGCAUCAGUAAGAGUGUGUCCGAUUGGAGGACCAACAGUCCAGAACAGCUUCCCUCUGGUUACGGUACCUACCCCAGUGCCACCCACCAGGCGGCAGGGCAUCACUCUGCCACCAGCUCCCUGCCCCGCUCUGCCCCUGGUACACUGGGCUGGCGUCGAUCAAACGUUGCCAACGCCCCGUCAUCUUCCUCUUCAUCAUCCUCCUCCUCCUCACAGCAAAUACAACAUCGUAUCUCUGUACCUCCUAAUUCAAACCAAGCCCAGCCCUCUCCACUGUCCCCACAAACAGAGCGAACAGAUCCCCCUCCAGCUGUGGCCGUACGCCCCUACGUCCCGGACCAUCCCUCCAGGCCCCAGUCCCCCAGGAAGGGUCCUGCCACCAUGAACAGCAGCUCCAUCUACAGCAUGUACCUCCAGCAGCCUCAGGCUAAAAACUAUGGAUCCCUCAGCAAUAGAACUACCGUCAAAGCAGUCUAUGGCAAACCUAUCCUCCCCACGUCCUCCACAUCUCCGUCCCCUGUCCCUUUCCUCCAGGGAGGAGGAGGAGUGAGAGCAGGAGGCGAGGAUGUAACAGAUAAGGAAGGAGGGAAACGAGGAGGAGAGAGCAGUGAUGGGCAAAUUAUUCCUCCGCCAAGCGUAGAUAACAUCCCUCGUCCCCUCAGUCCCACAAAGCUCACCCCAGUUGCCCACUCCCAGCUACGUUACCAGAGUGAUGCUGACCUGGAGGUCCUUCGCAGACGCCUCAGCAACGCCCCACGGCCGCUGAAGAAACGCAGCUCAAUCACUGAACCAGAGGGCCCACAGGGGCCAAACAUCCAGAAACUUCUCUACCAGAGAUUCAACACACUGGCGGGAGGAAUGGAAGGAGGCUCAGGCAACACUUUCUAUCAGCCUGAAUGCCUUUUGGGUGACAUGGACAACAUCCAUUCAGCCAAUGGGAAUGUAGAACCUGGUGACAAGCACAUCAGUGUGGCAGCUGUGGAGGGCAAAGUCCAGAACCUGAACUCGGACUCCCGACGCUUGUCCCCUCCUUCCAUUUCCAUAGAAACGUCCAAAGAAUCAACGGCAACAUCGGAAACUACCAAUAAUGUCUCUCCGUCAACCCAGCCCAGCCCAUUCCCUUCACCUGAUAGGCCAGAGGACCAGAAUAACAACAAACAGAGAGGAUCUAGUCCUACAAACAACUCUGUAGGCCAGGCCUCUCCAUCACCUCCUGCACCUCCUCCGCUGCCUAAGGCGAAGCGAACUAACCUGAAGAAGCCGUCCUCUGAGCGGACAGGCCACGGUCUGCGAGUCAAGUUUAACCCUCUCGCCCUGCUGCUGGAUGCGUCGUUAGAGGGAGAGUUUGAUCUGGUGCAGAGAAUCAUCUAUGAGGUGGAAAAUCCCAGUAUGCCCAAUGAUGAAGGCAUAACUCCUCUUCAUAAUGCUGUCUGCGCUGGACAUCACCAUAUUGUCAAGUUUCUGCUGGACUUCGGAGUGAACGUGAACGCAGCUGACAGUGAUGGAUGGACUCCUCUGCACUGUGCAGCUUCAUGUAACAGCGUUCACCUCUGCAAGAUGCUUGUGGAGUCCGGGGCGGCCAUUUUCGCAACAACAAUUAGUGAUGUUGAAACAGCAGCGGACAAAUGUGAAGAAAUGGAGGAGGGCUACACACAGUGUUCUCAGUUUCUCUAUGGUGUACAGGAGAAGUUGGGGGUUAUGAACAAAGGCUUGGUCUAUGCCCUGUGGGACUACACGGCCCAGCAGGCUGAUGAGCUUCCCUUCAGCGAGGGCGACGGCCCCACUGUGCUAACCCGGCGUGACGAGACGGAGACAGAGUGGUGGUGGGCGCGACUUAAUGACCGGGAGGGAUACAUCCCCAGGAACCUGCUGGGGCUGUAUCCAAGGAUCAAACCCAGACAACGCUCGUUGGCAUGAGGCCCAGAUCAGGGGCCACGUGCACACUCACUGUGGGCACAUGCAUGCAGAGAAGAAGAGGAGCAAAAGCCGCAUGAGGGCAGGCGUGUUACCCAUGUAAGAAGGACUCAAGGAAGGAUAGAAAUAGUCAAGAAAGGAAAGAAAGAAUGAAGAAUAUGGAGGUUCAAGUUUUUGCUGGAUAGUUUU